AUGGCGCAACGCCCAGCAGCGCCGGCAACAACCGCGGGUGCAACAGUACAUUUGCAGCACCCUACACCUCAGCAGCAGCUACAGCAACAGCAGCAGCAAAUGCACCAGCAUCCCGGACCGUUUCCAGGCAUGCUCGGAUUCCAGUCACCACAAAUGCACGCAUUGCAACAGCAACCCCAGCAGCAACAGCAACAACCUACACACAUGUACCAGCAGUGGAUGCAUGCACCGCACAUGCAGCACCAGCAGCAACAACCAGGGGCGCAGCAAGUGAUACCGUCCGUGUUCAACCAUCCGCAACUCUACAGCUUCAUGCACGGGCAACAACAGCCACAUCAGCAACCACAACAGCAGCAACAGCAACCCUCAGUGAGCAAUGCGACCGGUACAGGGGGCGGCGGCUACGUCCCACCCGAUGGUGGGGUGUUGCAGCAACAGCGCAUGUUCCACGCGCCGCCGUUUUCCCUGCCAUCGUGGCUACAGGUGAGCGGUGCACAUCCUUGGGCGCAGCACGGCCACCACCACCAGCAACACCAGCAACACCAGCAACCGCAGCAACAGUUUUUGCAACAACAGCAACCCAUCCAGCCCCAGCAGAAGAAGCAAGCGGUGAUACCCUCGGUCGUGGCUGGCCCAGGCACGGCUCGUGGCAAGCGCACCUCGUCCCCGCUCGCCAUCGCAACAUCCACUGGCGGGAAAGCGGCAAAGACAACCGGCUCAACGUCGUCGGUGAAGGCGCGGCGACAGCGUGCAGGAAAGGGUGACAGGCGGCAGCACCGCAGACAGCAGCAGCAGCAGCACGCAAGGGGUGCAGGGCGCGCGGUCUCAUCUGGGCGGUCGUCUAGCGACAAAGGCAUGGACACGCACACGGACAUUGAAUGCUCGGGCGUGACCGCGGCAGGCCGUCGGCGUGGUGGAGCUGACGGUUACGAUGAAGUCGGUGGGGAACAAGACGAGGGAGGUGAUGAAGAUGAAGGCAGGGGCCAGGGAGAAACCGCCUCUGCUCAACAACAGCAGCAACAGCAACGGCAACGGCAUCAGGUGCAGCCUGGUCCGGGCACGCUUGCUCUGCAGCAGUCAUCAGCAUCUCCCCAACCGUCGUCAUCCUCUGUGCGCGGGGCAAAGAAGCCCGUAGGUGGUGACGGGAGCCAAGGCGCAGGGCACGGCAUGCAUGCCUGGCCAGGCUCCAUGUCUGCGUGGAUGUCGUCGCACCUGUGGCCAAAGUCGGAGCAAACGGCAACAGAGCCCACCGCCCCGUCGGCACAGCUGCAAAUCAAGCAGGAGCAGCAAGCGGCGUCACCGCAGCAGCCGCAGCAGCACCCUGGCGUGCUGUCGUCUGCGUUGCAGUCGAUGUUGCACCCAGGCAUGCCUCCGGCAGCGAUGGCACAAGCACUACAACAGCUGCAGCAGCACCCACACCAGCAAACGGCGUUCGCGCCGCAGGCAAUGCUGCAAAUGUUGCAACAGCAGCAACAGCAACAGCAGCAACAACAGCAGCAGCAGGACCCAGGCGGCAGCUUGACAUCUGUGCCGCCGUCACAGGUUAUGGCACAACUUGCUGCGCAGAAUAUGCAAGGUGGCCACCCUGGGUUGGCAAACUUCGCGGGUCUGCCAUCACAGGGUAUGCAGCCUGCUGGUAUGCAGCAGUUUGCUCAGCUUCAGCAGUACCUGCAACAGCAGCAACAGCAGCAACAACAGCAGCAACAGCAACAGCAACACCAGCAGCCACAAAUACCCUCUGUGCUCGGGCCACAUGGAGGCUUUCCUUUCCUACCACCACCGCAUGGCAUGCAGUACCCAGGAUCCGCGCAGGGGCAGGGGAUGGGCAUGCCCAUUGCGCUGCCGCCAACAAACAUGGAUGCGCACCUCUCAAGCACCGUGAUGCCACCGCCACAUCUGCGCGGCCUUCCAACAGACCCUGCUGUGCGCUCACGCGAGUUGUUGCAGACCAUGCCAGAACAGCACCGCCACCCGCAACCGCCGCCGGGCCAGGCUGGCAGCCAGGUCGUCUGUCCCAUCUGCCAUCGACGCGGCCGUCAAUCGCCCACGAGAAUAUGCUCCGUCUGCUACAGUGGGCUGUACAAUGACGUGCGCAAGUGGAAACGAAUGGUCGGCAACGAUGUAGAUCCUCACAUGACCAUGGAAGACUUUUUGCAACAAUUGAAAGCCAUGCCUCGUGGGUGCACCAAUGGCUAUCGCUGCAACUAUGAACGAACCAGUGCCUCGCCGCAGUGCACACGCUGCCGCACCCUCAAAGUCUGCGCAUUUGCGCCUGAACUGCUGCAGCGAAUUCUGCGUCGCAUGGUGCUCAGGCGCGGGCCUGCCUCUGCUGUCAAGGGAGGCGAGGACGACUUUGAGCCCGGCGACAGCGACGACUUGGUGGGCAGUGGCCGGCCAAGCGACGACGAUGACGAUGAUGAUGAUGAUGACGACGAUGACGAAAAGGUGCAUGGUCGCGGCGGCAGCGGAAGCAGUGGCAGCAGCAGCAGUAGUAGUGAUGGUGGUGGUGGUGGUCACGGCGAGACCGGCCCUGUUGUAAAGAAUGACGACGACGCAGAGGUAAACGCGGUUGCUGAAGCGUUGCGUGCAGGCACACGACCAGCGACAAGCACAGCCGAUGACGACGACGACGACGACGACAACAACAGCAACCAAAACAACAGCAACCACAACAGCAACAGCAACCACAACAGCAACAGCAACAACAACAACAACAAAAGCAACAGCAGCAACAGCAGCAGCAGCAGCAACAACAACAACACCAGCAAUGACACGAGUAACGACAGCGAUGGUGAUGGCGCUGGCGAGUGCACGGAUGGGCACCACUGCCCCAAACCCAUGGAUGUGGGGAUGGACAUGCGUGCGGCUGCCAACGCAAGCUCACGCGCGUCGAGCGAAAUUGCCGAUUCUGAGGAGAAGUUAGGUCGUGUUGAAGUGCGCCCGGGCCCUGCAGCGGAAGGUAGCAACGCCAACAACAACAACACCAACAACGCCAACAUCACCAAAACCAACAACGGCAAUGGGCAUAAGGCAACAGCGCGCACGGCCAGGGCUUCCCCGCCACUACGGCCACACUUGACAAUGAUGCAGCCAAUGGUUGAGACGCGUGCCACUGGGCGUACAACAACGCAGCCGGCACCAGCUACAUCUGCUACUGCCACUCCACCGACCGCCAUGGCCACCGAUGACGAUGACGGUGAUGAUGGCAGCGGUACAGGCUCGUGUGGUGGCAGUGGUGGUGAUGAGCGCACGAAGCUGCUGACAACGUCGCUCAGCCGCUCAUGACCCGGUUGGCCUGUCAAGCUGAAUGGCACGGAUGGUUGCCUGCAGGGCAACGAUGCGUGCUGAAGGAAGGGUGCGUGCUGAGGGUUCGCUACUGCCACACGUGGAUACGUGGAGUUCGUGGCCGAAUUGCGAACACGAGCGCGCGUGGCCCUAAUAGAGCACCUGUCUGUGAUGCUGACCCUGUCCACUGUAAUUUUGUUAUUUUGUGCUGACCACAGUGGACCUGCGAUCACGUAUGAAUUACCUGUAUGCUGGCUGUCCUGGCACUGUGUUGUGAUUCGCUUCGUUGGCGACACGCUGUGUAUAAGCGGGCGCGUGUGCAUGUGUGUGAGUGUGCGUGCGUGCGUGUGUGUGUGUGGGUGUGUUUGCACGUGCGCACGUUGCUCUUGUGCGCACGUUGCUUGUGUGCAUGUGUAUGGAUAGAUUUCCGAGCGUGGUGUUGACAACCAUGCUCCUUCCUUGCGUGUUCUGUUUACUUGGCAGUAUGAGGUAGCCUUUCAUAGAUUCUACACCCCAUUAUUGAAGGGUGGUCGUUGGCUUGAUCCCUUGGCCUGCGUAGACCUUGGCCUGUUGUUUUGUAUGUAUGAUUAGAAGUGUGUUUGCGUUUUUGGUUUUGCGUGAUAUCCUUCUUCAACCCUCGUUAGUGCAACCGUGUGUGGUCUCACUGGUGUGGGGUGUGCGGUCUUUGUUCAUUUUUACCCUUCGUCGUUCACCGUCAUCACCUGUUUGAGCAAGUGGCUCCCCCAUGCAUGUGUUUUUUGUUUGCCUUGUCUCGUUACAUUAAAACAACAACCUCCUC